AUGCAGGAAUUGAAGCGAUUCCCAUCACUUCAAUCUGAUAUAGCAGCAGCUGCAAAUGACUCACUGGAAAGAUUUCGUGACGAAAGCCGGAAAACAGUUUUACGGCUGGUGGAGAUGGAGUCUUCUUACCUGACUGUAGAAUUUUUCAGGAAGCUUCAACUUGAGCCAGAGAAGAAUUCUAACCCAUCUGGUCCAAAUGCGGAUCGAUAUUCAGAUAACCAUCUGAGGAGGAUAGGAUCAAAUGUCUCUGCUUAUGUUGGUAUGGUUUGCGACACUCUGAGGAGUUCAAUUCCCAAGGCUGUUGUUUAUUGUCAAGUUCUUCAGGCCAAGAAAGCAUUGCUCAACCAGUUCUAUGCUCAAGUUGGCAGAAGGGAGGCAAGAUUCAACAUUUUCUCACUCAUAGAUAUCUAA